GGCGUCAAGUCAUUGCCAAAUCAAUGCCAGUUGAGCCGCACUUCAAUGCUACUUUUUCCCUUCAAAAAGAUUAUUAAAUAAAAAAAAAAAAUUGGAGCACCAUCCCAACUAGAGAAAUACAAUUUGAGAAAUGUGAAAAAGGGAAACUUUUUCCAAUUGAGAAUUCUGAAGGCUGAUCUUUUCUAGUUUCUGUAAUUGGGGUUCUAAUAAUGGGCUUUGCAGGAACGUUUUUCUUUGUUUCUCUGUUUUUAAUCCACCUCCUUACCCUCUCUAGUUCCCAGCGAGAACUGGAGUUCAAAGAAUGUUUAUUGGACAGGGGAAACUUCACCAGUAAGAGCACCUACCAGGCAAGCCUCAAUCAUAUCUUCUCUUCCUUCACCUCUGACACAGAAAAUGAUUAUGGGUUCUACAAUAUUUCUUUUGGCCAAAACUCAGACCAAGUUAACGCAAUUGCCCUCUGUAGGGGUGAUGUAAUACCUUUUGAUUGCAUUAACUGCAUCAAAGAUGCUGCUGCCGGGCUCAAAAGUCUCUGUCCCAACCAGAAGGCAGCAAUUCUAUCAGCCUCAUCGGGUGAUUCUCAUCGCAAGUUUGCAACUGGGACUGUGGCAGCUUCGGAUUCAUUGCCGAUUUACGCACUUGUGCAGUGCACUCCUGAUUUGUCUCAGCAGCAGUGUACCUCUUGCUUGUCUAUUGGCAAAAUUAAAGUUUGUUGUGAAGGAGGGCUUGGAGGCAGAGCAGUUGGACCUAACUGUAAUUUGAGGUUUGAGACGUAUUCUUUCUAUGAUCCUCCUGCUGAGCCGUCAACAACAUCACCAGCACCAUUGCCGCGGCCAGUGCCACCACAGUCUCCUUUGCCCUCAGAUGAUACCCACAAAGUUGUACCAGGAAAAGAGGGGAAUUCAUCGCGGAUUAUCAUUAUUAUAGUCAUUUCAGCUGUUGCUUUUCUCAUACUUAACAUAUGUAGCUGCAUCUGCAUCUUUUACCUGAUGAAGAAGUCAAAGAAGAGAAGGAACCUGAAGCAGGAAAUUGAAGAUAGGGAUAAUAGUGGUGAAGCCUUGCAAUUUGACUUCGACACAAUAAGAAUGGCAACCAAUAAUUUCUCCAGCAUGAACAAGCUUGGACAAGGUGGAUUUGGUGCUGUUUAUAAGGGCAAGCUUCUGAGUGGGAAAGAAAUAGCUGUGAAGAGGCUUUUGGAAAGUUCUGCUCAAGGAGAGCUAGAAUUUAAGAACGAAGUUAGUUUAAUGGCAAGACUUCAACAUAGGAAUUUGGUUAGGCUGCUAGGUUUUUGCUUGGAAGGAAAUGAAAGGCUUCUGAUCUAUGAGUUUGUUCCUAAUUCAAGCCUCAACCACUUCAUAUUCGAUCCAAUCAAGCGUUUAGAACUAGAUUGUGAUACUAGACACAAAAUCAUAGGAGGCAUUUCUAAAGGGAUUCUUUAUCUACAUGAAGACUCUUAUUAUCGAAUCAUUCACCGUGAUUUAAAAGCAUCUAAUAUUCUGUUAGAUGCAAAAAUGAAUCCUAAAAUCUCAGAUUUUGGAUUGGCAAGGUUAUUUGUAGGGGAUCAAACUCAAGCAGAUACAAGAAGAAUUGCUGGAACAUUUGGAUAUAUGGCUCCAGAAUACACAAGGAGGGGGCAUAUUUCAGUUAAAUCAGAUGUUUAUAGUUUUGGCGUGCUAGUUUUAGAAAUUAUCAGUGGUCAAAAAGUCAAUCUCAGCAUUGGGGAAGAUGGGGAGGAUCUUCUAACUUUUGCAUGGAAAAAUUGGAUGGAAGGGACUGCUCAAAAUUUAAUAGAUCCCAUUCUGAGGGAUGGUUCUAGCGGUGAAAUGAUGAGAUGUAUCCAAAUAGGCCUACUAUGUGUCCAGGAAGAUGUUGCUAGAAGACCAACCAUGGCUUCUGUUGUUCUAAUGCUUAGCAGCAGCCCUGGAUCUCUACCAUUGCCAUUAAAACCAGCAUAUUAUAUGCACUCUGUCAUGGAGCUAGAGGCAUCUACAAAUCGCCCAGCUCAAUUCACAGUGAACCACGUUUCAAUUUCCGAUAUAGAUCCUCGAUAGAGUUGGGGACUAGGAGCUAUAUUAUUUUAGUGAUUAACUGCUUAUUCUUCAACACUGCAACAGGUUUGUAUUUUUUUGACUAAUAAGCCUAUUAAGCAACUGUGCCUAGGCAAUUUGUUGGGUUUUCGUAAUGAUACCAAUACUUAAAACCUGAAUAUAACUUCGAAGAUGAC